AUGACUGCCCUAAGGAGUAUCGUUUUCUUUCUCAUACUGUCUUGCGCUUUGACUAAUGCUAAUGUCAUAGACAAAAGUAAAGUAUUCAUCAACGAAGCUGUUUCGUAUCUUGGUGAAGCUCUUUCACCCCCGGUAAUUCAAACGGAAACAAUCACCGACUGCGGAAGGUCGUCCGAUAUUCUCCAGAUACACUAUAUAGACAUACGACCAGAUCCUCCGCAGAAGGGACAAGAGCUGACGAUUGAUGCGGCUGGAUUUUUGACCGAAGUUGUGGACCAGGGGAGCUACGUUGACGUUAUGGUGAAGCUUGGAUUGAUUAAGCUGUUGCAGAGACGAUAUGAUUUGUGCGAUGAGGUGACCAAAGUCGACAAGCAAUGCCCUCUCGAAGGAUAUCAGACUUUACAUCAUUCGUUAGAGUUGCCUAAAGAGAUUCCUCCUGUACGUAUAAAAUAA